UCAACUCAGUUUACUUAAAAUAUUCGAACAAUCAACUUGUACUACUCGUAUUAAAUCUCUACAAAAGUAUUAAAAUGAUAUUCUCUACCAGAAUAAUCACUUUUUUACUUUUGGUUUUGGUAGUUCUAAUCCACUCGGCACCAGUAACAAAUAAUGUUGGAACACAAAAACAAUUGCUGAAAACACGCUUCAAGCGACAAAUUGAUUUAACCCUGUCUGCCGAACAUGAUGACAAAGAAGAUGAAACGGAAAUUGCACUUGAGGCCAUUGCAAAUCUAUGGCGUAGUACCGACGGCAACACACAAAUAGAUGGUUCGGCCAAAGUUUUACAUCGUUCAAAUUCCUUACAAAACGGUUCCGGUGCUGAUUGGCGUUUGGGCUUUCGUGUACUGUUUACAUAAGUAAAUAAUACAUUUCAUUAUUAUUACAAUUGAUGAAGGUGAAAUUUUAAAAUUCCAAUCCAUAUGUAGUCGUACAUGUACUAAAUGUAGAAUGAUAAACUUCUUGAACUUUUUAAUGUGCGCUUAUUUUGUUAUUGUUUAUUUUUUAUUAUUUAAUUUAAAGAAUUUAAUUUAAAAAUUACAUUGAAUUUUUAAAAUUGUUUUAAACAAGUUCAUUAAUAAUUACAAUAAAGAAACGUAAUUG